CCAACAUCUUCCGAAAACAUUCGCUGUUGACGACGAAGAGCAGCCAGCCACACGGAAGGACUCCCACCACCACUACGUCUCUCACAACAUCUUCUGCACCCAGCAAAACGACGAGGAUGAGCUUGGCUGAAGUGUAUGCGAGCUGCUGCAAAGCACAGGGGAGUGCAGAGGAUGGCGCUGUUGCUGCAGCCAUGGGGAGCGUUGUGGAUCAUCGACUGAGCUUGAGGGGGAAAGGGUCGCUGCGGCCAGAACUGGGCAACAUCUGCAUCACGGAUGCAGCCCUCGGCCCCAUCUGUGAGGCGCUCAAAUCCAACUCGUCCGUGUUCUACCUCGAUCUCAGCUACAACCGCAUCACAGAUGCUGGCGCCGCCACCAUCAGCAGACUCCUUGAGACAAAUCACUCCAUUAUUUCACUUUCGCUCGACUGCAAUGAUAUCACCGAGAGAGGCGCAGACACCAUCUCCAAGAUGCUCCAGGUCAACUCCGCCCUCAAGAUCCUGAGCCUUCGAGGCAACAAGAUUGGGCGUGCAGGCAACCUGUCGCUCGCGUCUGUGCUGCAAGUGAACCAGACGUUGGAGUCGCUUGACGUUGGCGAGACUGACGCGGACUGUUCAGCCGUCAUUGCGUACGCUGCUGCACUUGCCGGAAACACUGCUCUCAAGUCUCUCAAUCUGGAUCGCCUCGUGUCAUUCACACAGCAAGAGGAAGGCACAGUGCACAUUGCUGAGAUGCUCAAACAGAACACGACCCUCACUUCCUUGUCCAUGCAAAAGCACGGAAUGACCGACUUUGGUGUUGGCCGCCUGUGCCAAGCGUUGAAAGACAACGCCACACUCGCAACGCUGGACCUGUCGUGCAACAAAAUCACGCGCGACGGUGCAGCAGAGUUGGGCCGCGUGCUGCAGACCAACACAUCGCUGCGAUCGCUGCAACUUAACAACAACAGUUUGGAGGAUGAGGGCGCAUCCAUCUUGAUGAAGGCCGUUGUCGGCACCAACAUUGACGCGCUUGGCCUGGCCUACAAUCGGUUGUGCGCGGAAGGCGUGCACGCGGUCGCUGAUGGGAUUCGUGCACAUUCACGUCUGACACGCUUAUCGCUUUGGGGCAACCCGGGCCUUGCCGGUACCACCGCAGAUGCAGACGCAUGCCGCGCGAUUGCGGGCGCCAUUGAUCGAUCCACGUCAGCGCUGCCGGACUUUGAGUCCAUCGACAUCCAAGCUUAUGUCGUGGAUGGGCGGGCACUCAUCUCACACCGAUGAUGAUCGCCAUUUUGGCGCUGAAACGCGCUCUGUGUGCGUGCGUGUGUGUGUGAGAGAGCGUUUGUAAGCGUGUAUGUUCAUGAGUGUUCAUGAGUGUGUGUGUGUGUGUGCCAGAGUAUAUGUUCAUCAGUGUGUUUGUAUGCGUGUGCCAGAGUGUAUGUUCAUCAGUGUGAGCUCGUUUGGCUGUGCGCUUUGCUUUACACAGAGUGUCUCUGUGGGGGGAGUUGUAAAAGGGUAACAGUUUGUUUUGUGGAUGAACGCGCACAUUGGGCCACACUGUCGAAACAACAACAAUAGCAACAAUAACGACCACGGCA